AUGAAUAUCAAACCUACUUGCACAGGUUAUAUAGAAGAUGAAGCAGAUGCUUUACUCAUUUUACAAGCGGUUCUCGAUGGUAAAUUAAACCAUAUCCCAAGAAGACCUUACGAGAUUGAAAGACCCUUUCUCAUCGUCUCUGGUAAUAUCUUUGUCUUUAUAGAAGAAGUCUCUGGUAUCAAAAGAUGGACUGAUGGUGUUAGUUGGUCUCCUUCAAGAAUAACGGGCAAAUUCUUAAUCUAUAGAGAAUUGAAUAAACGCAAUACUACAACACCAACAAUUAAACUACCACCUCUGAUAUCAACUACAACUCCACCUUCCAAACCUUCAAGAUAUACUGGGUUUGUGAAAAAAACAAUCUCUCUAUCACUUUUACAAUCCAAAUAUCAAACAGAAGAAACCUUACACAUCGUUUCCUACUACAAUCUCGAUGAUGUCAAGUAUGCCAAACUAUCAAAACCAAAAGAGGAUCCCUAUUAUAAAGAUAUCAUCCCAUGUAUUGAUUUAAUCACUUCAAUGGAAAAUACCACUUUGGGCAAUUAUAGUAAAGCAAAUUUCUCUAAUCACAAAGCAGUACUCCCCGUGACAAAUCAUUAUUUUCCUCAAAUAAAUCCUAUCCCUACACCAUCCUCAUCCUCAUCUAUGAUAACUAUCCCUACUUCGUAUUAUUUAUCGGAAAAUCAAUCAUCAAACAACAUUGCAAAUAACAUUGCAAACACAAUUGCAAACACACAUUUCAUUAAUAAUGGCAUUUCGAAAUAUUCAAUUUCCAAAAAUAAUUACAUCAAAACAAUCCCCAAUCACAAAUCUAUUUCCUCAUACCUCUCUACAAACUUGUCUCUUUCCACACCAACACUUUACCAUCAUCACUCGACCGAUUUUACAUUCUCACAACCCACUAUCACAUACCAUCAUCAUCAUCAUCAACAACAACCAUUGACAAGAAAUGCCAAUUCUCAACCUUCAAAUACAACUACAACUACAACUACAACUACAACUUCUGAAAUCAUUUCAGAAAAAAUUACAAAAAGUUAA